CUCGGCAGGAAAAUGCACUUUGGGGUGAAUUCACGAAGCGAUUUUACGAUGGCAAGUUCUAUGGGAAAGCCCAAAAUCUUUGCAAGGCGCUUACGGAUGAAUAUAACAAAGCUUUGAAGAAGGUUGAUGUUUUGAUAAUGCCGACGUGUCAAUCCACAGCACGAAAACUACCAGAAGCCUCAUUUGGUUUAACUGAAUUGCUAAGAGAAGCGAAAGGUGUCUCAAAGAAUUCACCUGCCACAAACAUCACUGGGCACCCCUCAAUCUCAGUGAACGUCGGGUACUCAGAGGGGCUACCAGUUGGUGCCAUGAUAACAGGACGUCACCACGAAGACGCCGCCGUUCUGCGAGUCGCCAAGUCCCUUGAGAGUGGAC